CAAAAAAAAAAGCUCCGGCGUCUUGCAACCUUGCAUUCGCCGCUGCUCCCGGGGGAUCGGGCCCUCCGGCUUGCGCAGCGAGGCGGCGGAGGGCCAGGCGGGGGGCUCGGCCCCUUUUCCCGGCGGGGGCGGCGGCCAGAGCAGCUUUGGGGGGCGCCGGGAAGAGGAUCCGCCGCCGCCGCCCGAAGCCAACAUGGCUGAGAUCAGCAUCGACCAGUCCAAGCUGCCGGGAGUCAAAGAAGUGUGCCGAGAUUUUGCCGUCCUUGAGGAUCACACUCUGGCCCACAGCCUGCAAGAACAGGAAAUUGAGCAUCAUUUGGUGACCAACGUUCAACGCCACCGCCUGGUGCAGUACGACUUGCAGGUGGCCAAGCAGCUGCAGGAAGAGGAGGACCGCAAGGCACGGGCCCAGAUCCAGGAGCGGCACAAAGACCUGGAGAGGCAGGACUGCGAGAUCGCUCAGGAAAUUCAAGUCAAGCUGGUCAUUGAGGCAGAACAGCGGCGUCGGCAGGAGGAGGACGAUGAGGACAUUGCUCGGAUCCUGCAGCAGAAGGAGCUCCAGGAGGAGAAGCGUCGGAAGAAGCCCCACCCAGAGCCCUUGCAGAAGAGCACCUACGAUGAGGGAUACUACCCGGAAAGCAGAGGAACGAAACCGCGGGGGGCGAAAGAUGCCAGUUACCUCAAAGGCCGCCCGGCAGCUCCCCAGGACCAGGAGUUGUACGAUGCAGAGAUCGCCCGGAAGCUGCAGGAGGAGGAGCUGUUGGCCAGCCACGUGGACAAGAGAGCAGCGCAGGUCGCCCAGGACGAGGAAAUAGCUCGCCUGUUGCUGGCGGAGGAGAAGAAGGCUUACAAGAAAGCCAAGGAACGGGAAAAGUCUUCUCUGGAGAAGAAGAGGCAGGACCCAGACUGGAAGCCCGACACACACAAAUUGGUGCGCCCGAGGUCAAGGGAAGGUCACGAAGGUCACCGGUCCAGAAGCGACAAGCCAACGAGGCCUCCCCCUCCGCCCUCCGAGGAUCUGGACCAUCUUUGUAACCUUACAAGCCAGCAUAACUUGGCACAUCAAACACCCAGACCAGAGCCUUCUCAGAAAGGUUACCACUAUAAGCAGUAGGACGUACGAGGCAAUUUUUAUUUUUGCUGAUACUGACUCUCUUCUGUAGCAAACUUUGCUGGAAUCCUUCCUGGAGAUCUCCUGGGUUCCUCCCAGCCUCCAAGGAUCUCCUGGGGGGUGGCCUCCUUCCUGAGCAUCGCAGCAUCCACAA